AUGUCUCAAAGCAACCGUGCAUUCCAAUUCGAAGGCAGCGACAGUGAUUACAUAGCCUUCCUUGAGAGUCGGCUUUCAGCUGCCUUAAGCCAAGGAACUAGCCAGGCUUCUGUUGGCGCGGCGAUUUCGCGAUGCGAUGCUCCAGCGACCACAUCAUCGGAUUCUCGGCCGACUACUUCUACGACUGCAUUAGCGGACUCUCAACAUGGCACUUUAGCUAUAGCAUCAACAGCAUCAGCGGAGUCUCAGCCUAGUGACUAUCGGAAUGGAUGUUCAGUGUUUCGCGCUUCUCGUCCAACCAGUCCUCGUUCGACUGGAUGUCCUCCUUUGUCCACUAGAGAUGAUCUCAAAAUUCUAUAUUACGACCCGAUCCGAAACCGCGACAGCGAUCUUCCCGAUAAUGCUCUCUCCAAGUUGCCAUCCUUUAAGCAAACAUCGGUUGUUGAGGCCCAAGGCUUGAAGGAGCUCAGACAUUUCAUUGAGGACGUUAUGAGGAAUUCUCAUUGGAUUAAAAAGAAGAAAGAGCUAGGAUUAUCUCGCCCAGAAAUCAACCAAGAUACCAUUCACGCGCUGUGUGGUCGACCGUCAGCCUCAAAUCUGCGCGAUGAGUCAAACUUAUACCCAAAUAAUGAACCCUCAGAACACAGCGCCUUGAUUAUGCGAGGAUGCGACUAUGGCGCGUUGACGAAAGAUAGAAAACUGCAAGGUAAUCUUCUCCUUCACAUCGCCAAAUACCAACAGCUCAUAUUUGUGUCCUUAUGUGUCGUCAUGCUUGAAAUUGGAGCUCCGAUUGAUAGUGUGGACUGGAUGAUGCGACGAUAUAUCAGUGAUACUAGCUCAGCGAAUCUCCGGCGACUUCGAUAUGGAUGUAAAUGGAGUAGCUUCUUGAUGCUGAUCACCUCAAAAGUUCCCCGGUCUAUCCAACAAUACGGACGAUUUGCAUACACGAAAAACAGUUGCGAAACCUUCGUGACAGAUAUGGGGACGCCCGAUCUGGCACUUCCUUUCGCUGAGGAUGGGCUCAGUCCGUACUGCCUUCCUUGUUUCAUUAAAGUGAUCGCCGGCAACGACUUAAAGUAUAUUGACCUCAUGAAUAUUGGUGAACACAUGCUUAUUUAUACAGGCUAG